AUGACACUUCAGCGUCCCCAAAGAGUGCCACCCUACGCUUCCUUUCACGCCUUUCGUAAACCUCCAAGCAUCGUCGAGAGCGUCCUCGGACCUUCAGCGACAUCGGUUGAUGAUGGAUGGGCUCCGUUUAACGGAGAUAAAGGAACCCAGAGACUCUGCGAGCUCGAUCUGGCUUUCCUCUCGUCGUACGCGAUUGGUAUGUAUUUCGUUGGGCAUUUAGGUGAUAGAAUCGAUUUGAGAUACUUUCUCGUGUUUGUCUAUUGGAUGGCCUUGUGUUGUCUCUGUUGUUGGGAAUUGUGUGGGAAAGAGUGUGGAUUGAUCAUGGGUGUGUGGAACUCUCACACGUCUGUUGGGAACAUCGUUGGCUCCGUGAUCGCUUCGUCGGUUCUUGAUUUCGGGUGGGGAUUGUCUUUUGCUCUGCCUGGUGUUGUUGUGAUUGUAUCUGGAUUGCUUGUGUUUUGCUGUUUAGUUGUGACCCCUAAUGAUUUGGGGUUUGAAGAACCUGGAAAAGAGAUUGAGAUGGGUUUAGCUGAGAAUGUUGAGGAAAGCUUGAGGAAAACAGAAACUGAAAAUGCAGAGCUUCUUCAAACUGGAUGGACUUUACCGCCUCCAAGAUCUGAGAAGCAGUUAAAUCUCCAGGUGUUCAUUACUACUCUAAUACCAUCAACCUCAAGCGAUAAAACGGUUUGGCUAGUUGAUGAGGUGAUCCAAGACUCUUUCUCUUCUCGUCAAGUAUGGGAGUGUAUAAGGGAAAAGAAACCAAUGGUACCGUGGGUGAAUCUUAUUUGGCAUAAAGCGAGGGUCCCUAGACAUGCCUUCUCGGCAUGGCUCUUUGUUCUUAAUCGCAAUCCUACACUUGAUCGUUUAUCGAGAUGGGACUGCGAUAUAGAAAAAACAUGUCUCCUUUGUGGAGUAGCUGAUGAAUCGAGAGAUCACUUAUUCUUCAGCUGCCCUUUCUCUCGUCAGGUUUGGGAUGAGACACUCAUGAGGUUGGGGUUUCAGUCUCCUCCUUAUCUUUGGGACGCUGUUCUUCAGUGGAUGCCGAUGGCGUCUUCUUGCACAGACAAAUCCUUGGCCUUACUUCAGGCGUGGCAAGCUUGCAUCUACGAAAUAUGGCACGAACGGAAUAGAAGAUUUCAUCUUGGAGUCACCUUUCCAGCGAGGAAAAUCAUUCGGCUGGUCUUCUCUGUAGUUCAUGACAGAGCACUUAGUCUUUCUCUGCAAAAUCCGGGCAGGGAAAGUCUUCUUUUGUGCUGGUGCUAA